CCGUGCUCAGUCGCUCGCUGGAUUCCGUUCCCGCUACGUGUCCGUGACGACGUUAUAAUAUAACAAUAAAAUAACUAUCAACAGUUAUAAAGAAACUGCUUUAUAAAGCCUUUUAGAAAACAUAGUGUUUAAAAACUAUUGUGUUCAGUGUCCAGACUUUGUGUUACGGUUGUCGGAGUCACAGCUGGAAGCGGCGUGCACUUAGUUAACAACUAGCACAGGCGAGAUUAAAUCAGUUAUGAGGGACGAACGCGCCUGUCCGCCGCGCGUGCGCAUCGCAGUCAUUGGCAGUUCAAGAGUUGGGAAGUCUGCUCUCAUCGUCAGAUAUCUAACAAGGAGGUACAUCGGGGAAUACCACUCAAACACAGAUCUCCUGUACAGACAAACAGUACCUAUAAACGGUACUCCUGUGGAAUUAGAGGUCAUCGACGUCUCUGGAUCCAAUCUAGAUACUUUUCCUACUGAGCAGAUUCAAUGGGCCGACGCCUGCUUGUUGGUAUACUCGGUGACAGACAGGAGCAGUUUUGAAUACGCGACAGAUAUCUUGAAUACAUUAAAGAAGACACCGGUAAAUGGAAGCCCAGCUCAUGGGGCAGCUGCCACCACAUGCAUGCCACUAGCUCUAUUAGGAAAUAAAACUGACCUAGACCACUUGAGACAGGUGCCAACAAAAGAGGGCCAGGCUAUGAGCACACUCCACGGGGCCUCCUUCAGCGAGGCAAGUGUCGCCGACAACUCUGGCGACCUCUAUCGUUGCGUGGAUCGACUGCUCACCGAAGUACGGAUGCCGCAACGUACGAGGAAAUUCUCUGUGACUAAGAUGCUCGGAUCACUAAUAGGUGGUACCACUAACAAUAACCAAGCCACCCGGGGUUCAAUGGUAGCGUGUCCGCGCGUGCCUGCUCCAUCCCGGCCUCCGCUAGCGGCUGCAGCCCCAUGACAAACACCGGAACCCUCGCCCCGGGAGCGCUGAUGUCUCACCGGAGCAGUGUGCCUAGUCUGCCUGCCAGUACCGACAAGAUUCUCAUCCCCCACAAUAUUCACCACCUAAUAUGACAUACAUCCUCUCCGUCGGUAAUUGUGGCUGAUUUACGUGUUGGUGCAUUUUCACCAAUAACUGGACACUUUGCUUUAAAUGAAAGUUAGUGUAAGUGUUUAGAUAAAUAAUGUUUAUAUGUACCGAAGGAUUAUUACAUUGACAAUAAUCACGGAUCAGUGAAUAAAAGGAUACCUGAUAUAAUAACAUCGUGCCAAAGAUUUAGAAAUAUAUUGCAUAUUUAAAAAUUAUGACUUAUUAUAUCGUAUUUUGGUAGAGAGAUAUGUGUAAAUACCGCGCUGUUAAGAUAUGUGCCUGUAGAUAGAAUUGAAUGUUUUAUAUGUUACGACAUAUUGAAAGCUAUUUAUAAAUGUCAAAAAUUAUAUUAUCUUUUUCGACGUAGGAGUACGUAUCUAAUUUUUGUUAAGAAUUUACAUAUUAUAAUGUUACAGAAUUGAGAUACUAAUCAACGGUUUAGUACUUAACAAAGUAUUAAAAUAUUAAUCAGACAUAGUUUACACUACAGCUUUAUGUGACCGGAUGUAAAUACGUUUUGAACCUAAUAGAAAUAUAAUUUGUGUCUAUGGUCAGUUUGAGGAAGGAAAGAGAAGUUACAUCGCCCCAGUAUUUAUAAGUAUUAUAACAUUAAGUCUGAAUCAGACAGUUAUUUUGUUAAAUGAACCAGCCAAAGAUAAUCCCGCCGUAAGAAUGCGAAUCAGUGCAAGCUCAUAGGAAUUCUUAUAAAUUUUGUCACAUACUAUAACAUCAAAGAAAUAUUAUUAAUAUAAAUUCACAGUUUUGUGCUUAUAUAUUUUAAUUGAAGCCUCACGUUCGUUAUGAACAUGGAUCGUGCCAUAUGUAUUUUGUUUAUAAGAAUUUUAAUUUAAGAAUAUUUAGUCGCCGUCUAGUCAUUAGGUGUAGGCUGUGAAAAGACAUUGUAGAAUGAAUUGUUAUGGUUAAAGCAAGUCCGCUAUUUAUAUAUGAUUUCCUGUAUCUAUUAAAGUACUGUUUUAUAACGUUACUGUACGUUACUGUCACGUAACAUUGACGUUACUGUAAUUGUCUCAACUUUGUCAUCUUUGUGAACAGAAUUAAAUUAUUCUAGUUACCUUUUACUUAGUCAGGAAACUUUACGUUAUUUUGAUUUAUUCAUAUUAUAAAAAUGGUGCUUUUUUAUUUGGCUCAUUUAUUACAAAUUUUUUAUGAUGAUUAUUUUGGUGACUGUGUUUAAUAUCAAAACGUUAAAACAAGGAAAAGAAGGUAGGCUUGCUUGACAUAAGGAUAGUUAGAAUUUAUAUCUCUUAUAGGUAUAAUAUAGAAAAUGGAACCAAAUGAGAGUGCUGAUGUUAAUUUUAGGUCGGAAUUAUAACAAUUUUACAAUGUUCUUUUACUAUUCCAAGAGAUAUUAUACAUGGGAGUGGAUUUUAUGAUUUUAUGAAGGUUUAGGAUUAGGGACAAAGAUGAACUGAUUGGAAUAAGAUGUAGUUAUAUUUUAUGUUAAUUAAAUAAAUGUUUCGAUGAUAAAUA